UGCCAUGGAUUAUUCCCUUUCACUUCCAACAAUAACAUUGAUAUCCCUAACUUUAUUUUUUCUCUACAACAUAUGGAGAAUAAUUACGAAAAAACCUAGUAUUCAUCAAAAAGAAAGUAACAUUAUUAAACAACCGCCACAACCAUAUGUUGCAUUACCAUUAAUUGGUCACCUCCAUUUACUAGGAACCAAAACACCACUUCACAGAACCUUUGCUUCUUUGGCUGAUAAAUAUGGCCCUGUAUUCCAAAUCUACUUUGGAUCAUUACCUGCCAUUGUUAUCUCCAACAAAGAAGGAAUCAAAGAAUGCUUCACAAAAAAUGAUAAAGUUCUCGCCUCGCGCACCCCUUCGAGCCGAGGAACUCACCUUGCUUAUAACAAUGCCGCGUUUGGAUUUGCUCCUUAUGGACCCUAUUGGGCAAAACAGAGGAAGCUAGCCGUUCUUGAACUCCUCUCUUCGCGCCGCCUCGAAUCGUUGAGGCAUGUUUAUGAAUCCGAGAUUGAUACUUUGAUCAAGGAUCUCUUAAUACACCUUAGCAACAAUAAUUCUUCUAUGGUUGUCAUGAGUGAAUGGUUUGAACGCUUAACAUUUAAUGUAAUCACAAAAAUUGUUGCCGGAAAGAGAUAUUUUAGUUACUUGGAAGAUGUGGAUGAUUUAGAAGCACAUAAAGUUGUGAAUCUUGUAAAAGAGUUCAUGCAAUUGGCUGGUGGAUUUGUUCUUUCGGAUGCAAUUCCAUUGCUUAGAUGGAUUGGUGUGGAAGGGGGAGUUCUUAAAUCAAUGAAGAGAAUUGGAAGAGAUUUGGACACACUCAUUGGAAGGUGGGUAGAAGAGCAUAAGAUGAAGGGUAAUAUGGUAAAUGUCUCAAGUGAAAAGCAAGAUUUCAUUGAUGUCAUGCUAUCUAUUGUUGAAGAUGAUCCUGAGUCUGGACAUUCUCGUGACACUAUCAUCAAGGCACAUGUUAUGAAUCUUAUCUUAGCGGGGACGGAAACAACAUCAACAACAAUGACAUGGAUCCUUGCAGCAUUAAUGAACAAUAAACAUUCAUUGAAGCUAGCACAAGAAGAGAUUAACCAUCACGUGGGUAAGGACAGAAAGAUAGAAGCAUCAGAUAUAAAAAACCUUACUUAUUUACAAGCAAUUUUCAAAGAAACUUUAAGGUUAUACCCACCAACACCAUUGUUAUUACCUCAUGGGGCAUCAUCAGAUUGCAGCAUUAAUGGCUACUAUGUACCAAAAGGAGCUGAUGUGUUUCUUAAUGUGUGGAAGCUACAUAGAGAUCCAAGUAUUUGGUCGGAGCCUGAAAGGUUUUCACCGGAGAGGUUUAUUAAUGGCGAUGGAGAAGUCGAUGAAGGUCACCAUUUUGAGUACCUUCCUUUUGGGUUAGGGAGAAGGGCUUGUCCUGGAUUCACAUUAGCAACACAAGUGAUUCUUAUCACAGUUGCACGUUUGCUUCAAGGGUUUGAUUUUCAUUUGUUUAUGGGUGAACCUGUUGAUAUGAGAGAAGGUUUUGGCCUAACUUUACUGAAGUUAAAUCCAUUGCAAAUUUGUCUCACCCCACUGGUUACCACUGAACUCUAUCAGUCACAUAUUUAUUAAAAAAAAUAAGUGUUUUUUUCUUUUCUUUAUUUUUAGUUUGGCAACAAAGAUAGGGAUCGAUUGUGUUGUAUUCUUCUCUUCAACAAGUGUGUGUUGUAUUUAUUGUUUAUUGUUUUUUAUGGUUGACUUAUAGUUUAUUACACGAACUUUACUUGCGAUUUAAGAAAUUACCCCAUUUUACAUGUCAUGAC